CAGUCUAGGGGGCUCUGGAACAUGCAUCACAUCGAACUUGAAGUAGAAACGCGCCCGUUUGAAAGGCAUACAGCGGCUGAAAGAAUACUUGGUAUAUGGGUGAUAGCUGGGUGCUUGUCGGUCACCAGGGCCCGCUAGCAUUGACCCUUAUGAUGUCAAUGUGUCCCUUCUCCCUGAUUUUGACCGUUCCAUUCAAUCCGAUUCACAUCAGCUUAAUAUUGGAGCUACAUGAAUCCAGCGCGCGCUUCCUUUUGCUGCCGAGCAAGAUCAACCAGCGAAACAUGGUCGGGCUUGCAAAAUGGAAUUCAGGAACUUUACGCCACAGGUUUGCCGCCUGUAGGUGUCGCGGAAAUCGUCGAUGUUGUCGAGGAUACUUGGAUUCAUAUGUAACAUCGACUGGGCAGUAUAGUAAAUCCGGCGAGUAAGACUUGUUUGUUUGGACUACUAACGAAGCCCGCUUGAACAAAGAAUGGUUCUCUGGAACCUCAUAUUGUCUCGAAUUAUCAAAACGUAUCAUUUCGUCAUGGAAUUUCUAGACUUUUCUCCUUGUACAUGACCAUCUUCUCCGGCGCAUUUUCAUUUGUCACUAUACCCCAGUUGGGUUCGUACUUACCAGCUAUAUCAGCCUUCCGU